GUUUCGAAUGUUUCGAUUUGGUUUCGAUCCCACAAUAAAGCAAAAUAGAAACCGGAUUAAAUUCUUUAUUUUCCUACACAGUUCACUAUUUUGAGAUCACAUGCUAAAAAGACUCAAGUGUUAUAGUUCGUUUCACUAAAAUGGACGCGUCAAGCACUGGCACUAGCUCGCCAGGUUUGAUGGCAGCGCCGCCGCUGUUGCCGCCGCCGAUGUUAGGCGGGCUAGCACCCCCGAUGCCGCCGCAAGUGGCGAUGCCCCCGGUACCCGGGAUAACUCCAACGAUGGCUGCGAUGCCUCCACCUAUGGGUUUUCCACCUAUGAUACCUCCGUUCUCGAUGCCUCCACCGGGGUUUCCACCAUUUAAACCCGAUCUAACUGCUCCAGCACCAGAAAUUGCUCCCAUAUCAAACCACACCAGUCCCUGGUCAGAGCACAAGGCUCCUGACGGCAGAACAUAUUACUACAAUUCUGUGUCUAAGCAGAGUCUUUGGGAAAAGCCAGAUGAUCUGAAAACUCCUGCUGAGAAACUGCUUUCUGCUUGUGUGUGGAAAGAGUAUACAACAGAUGCUGGUCGGCUGUACUACCACAACAUUGAGACCAAAGAAUCCAGUUGGGUGGUGCCUGCGGAGCUGCAGGAGAUUAAAGAUAAGAUUGCUGCAGAGGAAGCUGCACAAGCAGCGUUAAACGGAGACCUGCCUCCCGGAGAGGUGCCUCUGCCUGGGUCUCCAUCGGUGCCCAGCACUGGCAGCUCAGCCCUUGAUGAAGCCAUGGCCAAGACCCUCGCGGCUAUAGACCCCUCUAUUGUCGGCUCUAUACCUAUACCAGAUGACAUUGAGCCAGAAGAUAUAGCGUCACCAGCUCAGGCCCCUGGGGAAGCCGCUGACGCCGUGGCAGAGCCACAGUACAAGGACAAGAAAGAAGCUAUUGAGGCUUUCAAAGAACUGCUUAAAGAUAAAAAUAUUUCAUCAAACGCUACAUGGGAACAAUGCGUGAAAAUUAUAUCAAAAGACCCGCGGUAUGCCAUAUUUAAAAAACUCAAUGAGAAAAAACAAGCUUUUAAUGCAUACAAAACACAGAAGAUCAAAGAUGAGAGAGAAGAAUUAAGGUUAAAAACUAAGAAGAAUCGUGAAAACCUUGAAGAAUUCUUGCUAAGUUGUGACCGUGUCACGUCCAUGACAAAGUAUUACAAAUGCGAUGACAUGUUUAGCAACCUAGAGAUAUGGCGAUGUGUACCCGAGUCUGAUCGUAGAGAUAUUUUUGAAGACUGCAUAUUUACGAUAGCAAAACGCGAAAAAGAGGAAGCUAAGGCAUUGAAGAAACGAAACAUGAAAAUGUUGGCACAGGUAUUGGAGAACAUGAACGAGAUCACAUACAGCAGCACGUGGAGCGAGGCGCAGGUGCUGCUGUUGGAGAACUCCGCCUUCAAGAACGACGUCAGUCUGCUCGGCAUGGACAAGGAGGACGCGCUCAUAGUUUUUGAACAGCACAUAAAGAACAUGGAAACCGAAUAUUUACAAGAAAAAGAACAGCUCAAAAAGAGAAACAAACGGCAGCAGAGGAAAAACAGGGAUAACUUUUUGGCAUUGCUGGACAGUCUACAUGAGGAAGGCAAACUGACGUCGAUGUCGCUGUGGGUAGAACUGUACCCUGUCAUCUCGGCCGACAUGCGCUUCUCUGCUAUGCUAGGUCAAACAGGUUCAACCCCACUAGACCUAUUCAAGUUCUACGUGGAGAACCUAAAGGCGCGCUUCCAUGACGAGAAGAAGGUCAUCAAGGAGAUCCUCAAGGAGAAGCAGUUCGAAGUGAAACCGGACACCAGCUUCGAGGAGUUCGCCACCGUGGUGUGCGAGGACAGCAAGUCGGCCGCCUUGGACGCCGGCAACGUCAAGCUCACGUACAACUCGUUGCUAGAGAAGGCUGAAGCAAGAAACAAAGAGAAGAUGAAAGAGGAAUCCAAGGCUCAGAAGAAGAUAGAAAGCGCGUUCAAAUGGGCACUAAGCGAAGCCAACGUGGACCACCAGCUGCCGUGGAGCGAAGUCAAGGAGAAACUGGACCUGGAGGCGCCGGAGUUCGCCGCCGUGCCCAGUGACGAGGACCGCCUUAGGAUAUACAAGGAGUUCCAACAUGAGCAGGAAGAGAGCUGCAUGCACUACCACCACCCGAAGCCGCGGAAGGCCAAGCGCUCCAAGAAAAAGAAGCGUUCACGCUCACAAUCUCUGUCGCCGUCCAAGUCGCGGUCGGGCACGCCGGCGCCGGCGCCGCGCUCGGCGUCGCCGGCCGCCGCGAGCGCCGCGUCGUGGAGCUCGGAGGAGCGCAAACACAAGAAGUCCAAGAAGAAGCACAAGAAACCGCGCGACGAGCCCACACCCCGUUCGGCGUCACCAGAAGAAGGCGGUAUCUCGGACUCUUCGCCGCCGCCGCAAAAGAAAAAGAAGAGCAAACGCAGCGCGCCCGCCUCCCCCGUCGCCGACCCCGACCACGCCUACAAGCCCAAGAAAAAGAAAGAGAAACGCGAUAAGAAGGACAAGGAUAGAGGGGCGGCGUCGGCGACGUCGACGGCGUGGAGCGACGCGGAGCUGGAGUCGCGGCGCGCGGCGCUGCUGGCGCAGCUGCACGAGCACGAGGCGGACUGACGCAGCGUCACGCACGUGCGCAUCUACAACGCCUACCCGCGGCCGCUACACGACCAGCACGAGCCCAAGCACUGGCCCCGAGACCACACCUCCUCGGACGAAGAAUAAACACACACACACUUUGAGAACCCCUGGACUAUAUUCGGCGGUUUGGCCCGUCAUCAUUAUCUUGCUGCUCUCACGACUAUAUUUUAAUGAAAGUGAGCCAUUCUCCUCAUCAAUCAUUAAUAAUAAUGGGAGAAGUCAAUAUCUUAUCAGUUUUCGACGAUGAUUACGGCGCUGAUAACAUACGCUAAAACUUACGGGAAAUGAAUGAGAUUGUAUGCAGUCCAUUUGAUUACCGUGCGGUAAUAUGGAAGGGACAGCAUACAAUCUAGAUCCCCUGCUUUAUAGUGACGAUAAGACUUGUCGAUGUCGCGGACGUCCACGGUAAAGUAUAAAAGAUAUUAUCAAGUAGAAAUUCGUCCAAAUUUUCUAAAUGUAAGUUGUUAAGGAUAAUGACGAUGGUACAAACGCACGAAUAUUCGACCAACAUUGCAUAAUUCAAACUUAAAUUUAUUUUGUAGUAGCAAGGCUACUUGUGUUUAAUAGAUUCUUUAUCCUAAUGCUCUCCGGUUCGUAAUUCGUAUGCUUAACCAACACCAAAACAUGUCUUUUAACAGGCAUAAAUAUGCCUAUUAAAAGACAUGUUUUGAUUCCUGAUUCCUAUAGUAGGUACUUUUUAACCUUUUGGACGCUAAUGACCGAUAUAUCCGUACCGCAGGUUCAACGCCAAAGACCGAUUAAUCGGUCACAGACCACAGAGCAACAUAGACCUACGUGCAUCUGCAUAAAGUUCUAUUUCAGUUUUGACAUUUCGGUGACGUGGCGUCCGCGUGACAGCUUUCGUGUUUGACACGGCGUCGAAAAGGUUAAUACCUUCAUACAAUUAUUUAUAGAACUUUACAGAAUUUUAGUAGGUUUGAAAUUAUUCUUAUAAUUAUAAUAUGGGUGAUGUUUAUAAACACCAUUCUAUUGAGAAUAGAGU